ACUGCACUCGUCGGCGCAUUCCAGGCCAAAAUAUGCUGAGUUGCCGGGUGUUUGGGGAGUCAGAGUCUGCCGACUCCACAAGGUUGGCGAAUAGAACUCAAAUUAGUAUAGCUGGGCCACACUAAAAUUGACCAAUUUCUGCAUUACCCUGCAUAUUACCUUUGUCCGAUUAAGAGACAUGCAAGUGUCAUUAGCCUAUUAAGUGGCAGCUAUAUAUAUGGCAGCCGGGUGCGUAAGCCCCAACCAAGUUGACAAAAUGGGUUUUCACAUGGGACGACAGCUGCUACUCUCCGGAUUUCUGCUGGUGAUGCUCCAGGUUUUGUCCCAAACGCAGGCCAGGCCACAGCAGGAUGUUAUCACGGUUGCCGGCGAGGAGACAGAGGUUGUGAUUAAGCAGGAGGGCGAUGGCGACGAUGAUGACUCCUCGUCCGAGGAAACAGUCGAGGAUUCGGAGGAAAGCAGGCGCAGACGUCGCGAGGUGAAUACGGACAACACGCCAUCGGCUCGGGCGGUCAUUCCAGUCCCCAUUCUCGUGGAGGCCAUUCUUCCCAGCGUGGAUGAAGCAGGCGAUCGCUUCGCAAGAUCUUUGCCAUUUCUGAAAAAAUUGACUCCUGGCUCUGAAUUGUUUGCCACCGAGAAGAACGAAUAGCCCAGCCUUCAUUAAUGUGACAACUAUGGAAGGAACUGAAACGGAGUUUGUUUGACUUUUGUAUCUGCAUUGUAAAUGUUAAACAAGUGAAUAAUAUUUGGUUAUAGUUUGGUUUCUUAAGUUUUUAAAAAUAUUAUUCCCUAAAAAUCUGACUUACAAACAGUAAUAGUUUCACUAUAUAAAGACAUGGUAUAACACUUUUACUUAUAAGAGGUAUUAGAGGUACUACCCUAAUUUAUUUUAUUUC